AUGAGUGCAGUUGAAAUGUCUUUUGAAAAUUUAAAUUUAGAAGUACCAUUUAUAAAUCUUAAUAACUUAAAUAAAAGUUAUGUUGACAAAGCGAUUAAAACAAGAGGAUUUGUGUGUAACAUAAAUGUUUUUAAAAAAACCACUUUUUUAACUCUUAGGGAUCAAAACAGAACAUUACAAUGUGUUUUAUCUACUACUGAAGCUGCAAAAAGUCUUAAUAAUGAAUCAUAUAUUGAAGUGGAAGGUAAGAUUUGUUUGGUCUCGACAAAAAUUAAGAGCUGUAGUUUUAGCGAAUUAGAAUUACAGUUACAUACUUUUGCGAUUUUGAAUGCAAGUGAGUCUGUGUUACCAUUUAGUUACAAAGACGUAUCUUACACGCUAGAAGAUUUAAAAAAAUAUAAUGUAAGUCCGGUUUCCUAUCAUUUGUGUUUAGAUAAUCGCUCUUUGUAUUUACGAUCACCGCAAGGUUAUGCUAUUACUCGAAUUCUUGACGCUGUUAUGUUUAAGUUUAGAGAUUUUCUAAGGUCUAAUGGAUUUAUAGAAGUUAAAACUCCUAAAUUAAUAGGUGGUGCAAGUGAAGGUGGUGCUAAUUGUUUUAAAGUUGACUAUUUUGCAAAAACUGCUACUUUAGCUCAAAGUCCACAGCUUUACAAGCAAAUGUGCAUUUUAGGCGGGCUGAAAAGAGUUUAUGAAAUAGGGCAUGUUUACAGAGCUGAAGAAAGUAAUAUUAAUAGAUAUUUAAGCGAGUUUAUAGGUUUGGAUUUGGAGAUGGAAAUUACUGAUAAUUACAUCUCAGUAAUUAAUUUUAUUUAUGAUUUAUUUAAGUCUAUAUUUGUAUUUUUAUCCGAAAGUUAUUCUUCGGAGCUAGAAACUAUUAAGCAAUAUUUCGAGUUUGAACCAUUUAUGUUUACUGAUAACCCUGUUAUUUUGGAUUAUAUUGAUUGUAUGAAGCUACUUAAGGAUGAAUAUAACAUUGAUAUGAAACUUGAAGAUGAUUUUAACAAUGAAAAUGAGAAGAAGCUGGGUGAAAUUGUUAAGAAAAAGUGGAAUACAGAUAUUUUUGUUAUUAAGGAUUAUCCAGUUUGCUGCCGCCCUUUUUACACAGCAGUUGAUUCUAAAACUGGAUUUACAAAAAGUUAUGAUUUUAUAAUUCGUGGCGAAGAAAUUUUAUCUGGUGCGGAGAGAAUCAAUUGCUAUAAAACAUUGAAAGAAAAUAUUGAAAGAUGCGGUAUUAAUAUUAGUAGUUUAGGUGGAUAUUUAGAAGCUUUUAAAAUAGGUGCUCCACCUCAUGGAGGAUGUGGAAUAGGAUUAGAAAGACUUGUUAAGGCUUAUUUUGGAAUGAAAGAUAUUAGGUAUUUCUCUCUUUUCCCUAGAGAUCCAAAUAGGCUUUAUCCUUAA